AUGUCCACCUCCAAGAGUGCGCCUCAGAAAAUUCCCCGUCUCACCCGGCCGGGCGACACCCUCACUUCCGCUCAGCGGUGGCAAGCCAUCACCACGCGCGAUGCCACGAUCAACAGCUUCGUAUAUGCCGUCCUCACGACGAAGAUCUACUGCCGACCGUCCUGCGCCGCCCGGCUCGCGCGCCGCGCAAACGUCCAGUUCUACGACACCCCCGCGCAGGCCGAGGCUGCAGGCUUCCGGCCCUGUAAGCGCUGCCGGCCGCAAUCAGGCCGGACGGCGGUUGAGAGCAACCCGCAGACAGCGAUCGUGCAGCAGGCCUGCGCGGCCAUCCGCGGCAGCCUCGCGGCAGGGCUGAAACCGCGACUGCAGGACCUGGCGGCUCGGGUUGGGCUCACCCCGAGCCAUUUCCAUCGCGUGUUCAAGAAACAUACAGGCGUCACGCCUGGGCGGUACUAUGCAGACCUGGCGGAGGGCCGGGCUAGCGAGUCUUCUGGGGCUGGGACGCCGGGGUCACUGUCUGAGCUUGGCACGCCGCGCUUGGACAUGGAGGAAGGGGGAGCGAAAGGCGUGUUGCAGUUGGAUGCGGGCGAGAGCCUACUGAAUUUGUUAUUCCCAGAGACCGGGGCUGGGGUAGGGGUAGGGGAUGGGUUGUCGGCGGUUGCGUGUGAGCAAUCGCCUUGGAUCUUGGCUGAGCCUGAUUGGAAUGAGUUUGAUGUUUUGCUGGCCGCCCAGCAAGGGCUUGGGGGCUGGUCUUCGGAUUCGUUGUUUACUGAGCCUUCUGCUGGGACCACCUCGGCACUCGAGUGA